CUUUUCUUUAAGGUGUCGCACAUGGUGACGACUUGGGCUACUUAUUCAAAUCUUCAAUGACCGGUAAACUAGAGCCUAACAGUCCGGAAGAUGUAGGUGUAAGAAGAUUCUGCAAGAUGUGGACCAACAUCGCAAAAUAUGGCAACCCAAAUUCACCUACAACAGAUCCUCUCCUCCAAACCUCUUGGAAAGCGUUCACAAAGGACGAAAAAAAUUAUCUUGAAAUAGGUCAGGAACUCACUGCUAAAGUAGACCCUUUGAGGGAGAGGAUGGAAUUCUGGGAAGAUCUUUAUAUCCAUAGGAACGACUCUGAGUGAAUGUGGCGUUCCAAAUCGAUUGAAAUAGAGAUAGACUUUUCGAUUUCUUUUCGUUGUAGAAACGAAUUUUUGGAGUUAGGCAUUUGAUAAUUAUUUUAAUCAAUUCAGCCUCCUUUGAAUGCCAAAUGUGGUCGCAUAUCUUUAUAUAAUCUCAUGACCAUG